ACAUUUGACAUUGACAUAUUUGAUAGCUGUGUUGUACGAGAGACGCAGCGUAAAAUCUCAUUUAUAAAUGAGUAUGAUCUCAAAGAAACUGGGACCUGUUUGUGUUUGAUUGUUUACACUUUAAGUUUGACUCACCUUUUACAAAAUGAAGUCAAUACAUGCAAUGAAACGGUUUUGUGGUACAUCAAUGUUUUAUUUAAACACUUGUAGUCAUAAAAGACUAUCAAAACUUCAAGUACGGCACAGUGUCACAGUGGGAACUUUACAGUUUAAAAAAAUAGUUCCUGAUAUAGUUAACAUCCGUAACUUGGGCUUAGGACCAACUUCGAAGGAUUUCGAAGAGCCGACACAAAUAUCCGGUCCGCUAACAAAAGUUCACGCCACAGAACUUGUCCUACAUUUGAACGAUGAAGAGAGGAAGGUACUUUUUAACGCAUUACAAGAAUAUGAAUCGAAUCGCAUCAAAGAAGAAUUUGAAGAUAAAUUAGCUGGUCAAAGAUGGAGGAGUAAGCUCGGUAGACCUAGUAAAGUGCCGACGCUAGGCGACGUGGACCCCACUGGAACUUAUUGCCCCGUACCUGAAGAUUGGCUGAAAAAGAAAUAUGCGGCCACAGUACCAAAACCCACAACUAAGGAACUAUUGCAUUUGUCCCUGGCAAACUCUAUUCCUUUUAUUGGCUUUGGAUUUUUGGAUAAUUUCAUCAUGAUAAUCGCUGGCGACAGUAUAGAGAGCAGCAUGAGCGCCUACAUAACGUUGUCGACGAUGGCGGCAGCGGCGCUGGGCAACACUUUCAGCGAUGUAAUAGGCAUCGGCUCCUCGUACUACGUGGAGCGCGGCGCCGCGCUGCUCGGCCUCGGCGCGCCCGCACUCUCCCCAGUGCAGCUCGAUAUGCCUGUCAGCCGGCGCUUUGCAAACAUGGGCCGAGUGCUGGGCAUCACACUGGGCUGCUUCCUCGGCAUGACGCCGCUGCUCUUCAAGGACGACGAGAAGAAGACGGAUGCUAAAGAUAAGUAAAGAUUCAGUAUUGGUGCCUUCUCACUGCCUCCUGUCGCUCGCCGGAGAGUGAACCUAAACUUGUCUUACAUAGCAGUAGAUUAUACCAAACUUAGUAAGUUUUGCUUUUGCCAUCUUUGUAGUUAACAUAACAAAGAAAGCAAAAGCAAAACUUAGUAUUUAAUUUGUAAAAUAUAAGUUUGUAUUUGUUGUGUUAUGUGUAGAUGCUGCAGUUUUUUAUCAAGUUUUAUUUAAAUAUGUCUUUAAGAGCUUCUCUAGGCAUACUUCAAACUUAAUUGACAAGGCAUAUUACUUAUAUAAUACAAAAUAGAAUAUUUAGAAUGUCACUCAAUAAUACUACACAAUAAAUUAUCUCUAGCACUUAUGUCUAAAAGCACAAAUCAAUUUGGUCUGAAUUAGGAGCAUGUUUUAGAAGAAAUAGGUCUAAAUAAAUAUUUCAACAUUAAUGUAUUUAAAAUGUAACAUUCUUUAAACUAUUCAAAUUUUAUUAUAUUUUGUAACUUAUAAAGUUUUGACUUAACUCUAAUUUUAGACGAAUUUAUUGCUAUGUAUUUGAUCAUUUGUAACUAAUAGAUGUAGGUAUAUUUAAUGAGAAUUACCUUAAAAUAUACUGCACGUUAUUUAGAUAUUAUUGCAUUUCCAAAAUGUACUCUCUGCCGAGUAUGUCCAACUGUUUAUGGUUGAAAUUUACUUUGCUUCUUUAAUAAUUUAAUUUUUGAAAUAUAACUGUACUUUGAAUAUACAUGAUGUAAUUAAUCCACAAUUUUAAAACCAUUUUAUUUAUCUUCAAUUAUUGAUAUUUGAUAGAUUUCACAUGUUUUGACUUUAUAUAUAUUCAUUAAUUGUAUUUUCAUCUAUUUAUGGUGUGUUUUAUAAACUGAUUAUAGUUUAGUUUUUUAGUUAUGGAAAUUAAUAUAUGAACAGUAUAUUAUUAAUGCAUAUUUGAUACAAUCUGAAUUUAUCACUGAAAGUGCGAUGCCCGUUGCAGCAUUUUAUAGAAGAUGGUAACAUGGUAACAUCAUUGUUGCUUUUUAUUUUAAGUUGAGCUAUCAGAUAAUUUUAUUUUAAAGAUUAAGAAUUGAAUUUUGAAAUGAAUAUUCACGCAAUGCUUUGAAUGUUUUAGUUAAUAUUUUAUCUAUAAAUGUAGCGACUAAUUUUAUCAUAUAAAUUCACUAUUAUCCAUAAUGCAACUAAAUGUAAUAAAUGUAGGGCAUUAAGCUAAUAUCAACUGAAGAUAACUAGUCAGUUUAAAUCAUUUUUGUAUAUAAUAUUACAACAAAUCUUAAUUCUUUUAUAAUUGACAGUUCCUU